ACUGCAUCUCAGCCUCACCCCUGCAGGGCUCAGGAUGCAGGCCAAAUACAGCAGCACCAGGGACAUGCUGUAUGCUGAGGAGGACUCCUCGCUGACCCUUCGCUCGCAGGCCUCCACCGCUACCCAGCGCACGGAGCCCAGGCGCACAGCUGAGACCCGGCCUCUUUCUCCAGCCUGGCGGCCCCUGGCCCUGACCUUCCUGGCUUUGUGCUUGGUGCUGCUGAUUGGCCUGGCUGUCCUGGGCUUUGUAUUUUUCCAGUACUACCAGCUCUCCAACACCCAGAAAGACAUUAUUUCUCAAAAGGAGGAAAGGUUGGGGAACCUCUCAAGACAGCUACAAUCUCUUCAAGACCAAAACAGGAAACUUAGAGAAACCCUACAGCGUGUGGCUGAAAAACUCUGUCGUCAACUCUACAACAAAACUGGAGAACACAGAUGCAGCCCUUGCCCAGAUACAUGGAAAUGGCAUGGGGACAAAUGUUACCAAUUCUCUAGCAAGAGCGAAAAUUGGCAGUGCUGUGAUUAUUUCUGCACCGCUGCAAACGCCACCAUGUUGAUGAUACACACAAAACAAGAGCUGGAGUUUGCCAUGCCUCAGAGCUACAAUGAGUUUUUCUACUCUUACUGGACCGGGUUGUCUCGCAACAUCGGUGGCAAGUCCUGGCUGUGGGUGGAUGGAACUUCGUACUCCCCUGAACUGUUUGAGAUUAAAAUCGAUUACUCCAGCAAAAGGAGUAGGGACUGUGUGACCAUUCUCAAUGGAAAGGCUUUCUCAAAGAACUGCCAGGAAUUGAGGCUCUGUGCCUGUGAGACAAAGGCCACCCUGGUGAAGCUGGAGGAGCUUCUAUAACAUUUCCAUCCAUAGGGAGGAAAUCAUUGACUCCAUAGCUGCAGGUUCAACUUCCAGAUCCCUCAGAGUUGAAGACUGGAACGAAGGUCUGUCUCUUCAAAUGCGUCUGCGAUAGCUUUGUUUUGGCUCAUUUGUCUUUCAUUUGCUCCAUGUUUAUGCAGCAAUUCAUCCAAAGCACUGAGCCUAGACAGGUGAUGGGGAGGGAUAAUUGAGACUUUGGGGGCAUGGAAUAUAAACCAGGAAAGACAAUUUCUCUGACUGUACAAGGAAGAUGUUUGUACUUUUUAUUCAGGAUCACCAGCACUUCUGAGCUUGGAUUCAAACAAACUUUUAUUAGUCGCAGAGAAAAAGCUGUAUUUAUGCCUCAAUCUGUCCCAGAAUUACAAGAUUGUCAUCCACUACCUUAUUUAGAGAGAAAUUUCUCUGUAUUUUUUUUCAGUAUCUUCGAUGCCAUGUUUUUCUUAAAUAUUUGAAGGAGUAAAAUAGGAAAAUAAACCUUAGUGAUACCCUUCGCACCAACAAUCAUGUUGCUCAUGAGAAAUUAGCCAUUACUUUCUCUAUGUUGCUAUCAAAAUACAGAAUUAAUUCAUGUUGUUUGCUUUGGUUCAGACUUUCCUCUCUUGAAAACGUGUGGUAGAGCUUUCAUCUACUUUGUCUAUGACCUGUUUCCCACUAAAAUGAUUCUCUUCAUUGGAAUCUAAAAUUCUUACAAACAUAUCUCACUUAUCCUUUUAAAGUUCCACAGUCUCCAUUGUCUAGGAAUUUCUCUCAGGAAAGAAAUAUGCUCAUCCCCACUGUUCCAGAGUUCUCCCUCUAGAGAGACUGAUGAGAAGAACCAAAGUUGGUUUCUUUGUGUGUGCUUGUCGUUUGGGUUUUAGUUUUCAUUCCCUGCCUUCAACAUU